AUGUCUCAUCGGCCGGCAAUCUGGACCAUAUUUCUCAAAGGGGCCAGAGAUUCCAUGUCAACCGAUCUGUGUUCUGGCGGCUGGGAUGACAAGUCUGCUGACGAGCUCCACCGUUUCCUGACCGGUCAUCAACCACAGAUUAGCUCGGCCCAACAGUCCAAGGAUGUGCGGAAAGAAGCCCUUCAGACCGGCCCCAAGGAUUCGGCGUCGAAAAGUGGGAAGGUCAAGCAGUUGCGUCUCUAUCGACAAGCUCAGCACUACGACGGCUACGAUGCUUUUUUCAUGGCCGACCAUUCCGGCUUCCUGGACGACCAAAUCAUCCUUGAACUCGGUUUUGCCACCAACGAAACUCUGAUGACGCUAGUUGGGGGCUUUCUGGCAUGA